UUCACAUGAAGAGAAAUAGUUAAAACAACCAUUGAACAUGACACACGCCCUUACAUCACAUCCGUCCAUGUCAACGUAGGUCAGGCCAGAACAGUGUUGCCAUGUUCCGGCCAAAUUGGGCUACUUUGAAAACGAUGUCGUGGGUGAAAAUGUAUUGUUCGCGAGUUGCGGGUUUUUGGGCUAUUUCUAUGUUGCACCGCGGCCGCCAUGGUUUUCUCUUAAAAAAUGUAGAUUUCACUGUUGCUGAGUGAGUGAAGAGACCGGGAGGGAUACGUGUGUUGAGAGAGCGCUACAGUGAUUGGCUGAGUCACGUGAACCAGAGGAGAGGGAGCAGCACGUGCGCACGUUGUGACAAUUUUUUUUACCAGUUGUAGUGUUCUGAGUUUUAUGGUUCCGACCACUUCGAUUUGCAUCUUUAUAACAUACCAACAUGGCACCUAAAAUGAGAACCCGUGGAACCACAAGAACACUACAAUCCAGCAACGAUGAAGAGACAAAAACUAAUGUCCACAGUGAGGACUCUACAUUGGAGGUUGGUCAGGCAGUCAGGGGGAAGAGGAAAGCUUCAGGUUCAGGGAAGACUGGAAAACAGGAGAGUUCAAAGGGAGAAAAAUCACCUGAACGACCACAGUACUGUCACUGGCUGAUGAAGUCAGAGCCAGAGAGCCGCUUUGAAAAUGGCAUAGAUGUCAAGUUUGGGAUCGAGGAUCUGAAGACUCUUCCCAACCAAACUGGGUGUUGGGAUGGUGUUCGGAACUACCAGGCCCGUAACUUCAUGCGAGACAUGAAAAAGGGGCAGCAAGCAUUCUUCUACCACAGCAACUGCAAGGAGCCUGGAAUAGCUGGAGUUAUGAAGAUUGUAAAGGAGUCCUAUGUGGACCAGACUCAGUUUGACAAGAAAGAUGUCCAUUAUGAUGCCUCCAGCAAGGCAGACAACCCCAAAUGGAGUAUGGUUGAUGUCCAGUUUGAGAGGAUGUUGAAGCGCUUCAUUCCUCUGUCUGAGUUGAAGAAGAUCCACCUGCAGCACAAGGCCAAAGGCGGGCCCCUGAAUGGCAUGGCUCUCUUCACCAGGGCCAGGCUGUCUGUCCAGCCCCUCACCAGUGAGGAAUUUGACUUUGUCCUGAGUUUGGAGGACAAAGACCCACUGUGAAGAUUUUGACAAGAUGACCUGGAGAGAAUAGUUUUCCUGUCUUGUGUAUGAUGAUGCAGCUGCUAAUAUGUUUACUGUAGGUGACGUCUAUUGAACUAUUGUGCUUGUAUUGAAUGGAAAUUGUCUCAAGGUUUCUGUGUUUGUCAAGAGACACACUGGAAUUUAUUUCUAAUAUUAGAGGUUUAUAAAAUUAAGACAGUUCAUGUGUUUGCCUUCACUGUCUAAAGGGGAUCAAUUCGGUCUAAACAUGCAGAAUUUUCAUUUCCAAGAGUAAAGGCAAUCAAAUCA